CCGUCGCUUCAGCCGCCGCUGCUCCCGGAGGAACUCCCGGCUCGGGGAUGGGGUCUCGGGCCUCUACGUUACUGCGGGACGAAGAGCUCGAGGAGAUCAAGAAGGAGACUGGCUCAACCUUCCUUAUGAAGAGGCAUCCUGAACAGUAGGGAGAGCCCGAGAAGCAAAUUCGGGAAAUCUAAAUGGAUCCCGUAAAGAAUGCAAUCUGUUUCUGUGACGUUCGAGCAAGUAUCUAAAACCACUGACAACUGUGGAAAAUCACAAGCAGGUUCUUGGCGUAAACUGGAAAAAAUAAACCGAAAACCAAAGCCGUGUAGAGUAGUAAGGUUUUGGAAGACGUGACGUGGUGACAGGAGAUCUUUAAAGAGUCAGGGAUCUGAGAGUAAGAGUACAGUCUGAACUUUUGGAGAAAACGUACGGAUUUUGCCUCACACUAAGGAUGCUUGCUGUCCCGAUUUCAGAUGUAUUGGUUUCUGCUCUGCUGCUGUACUUUAUGCAGUUACUAUUGAAAUUGCAUGUGCUCCAAAAAAUCUCAGUGAGAAUUUGUACUAACAAAGGAGCAACAGGGCUUUGCUUAGUGAGUUCCUUGAACUUUAGAACUAAAAAAAGAGAGACUGCUGUUUGAGGAAGAAAUCUCAGGGGACCUCCAAGGCACCCAGCGGUGGUUAUCAAAUGGUAGUGCUGAAAGGAAGUUGAAGAACAGUACUCAGCUCUUCACUCUGCACCCAAAUUGCAAAGUAGACGCUUCCCCUCACCCAGCCCCUCUAUAAAACACCAUCGUAUGUUUGCAUAGCCUGUGAGCGUACAUACAGGAUGUUCUCUCCUCAGUAAUCCUUUAUCAACUCUUACGUUUUGAAUGAGUUAAACAGUCACCUGAGCUCUGUCUCUUCAUGAUCCCUGUCGUUGCUAAUGGGGUAACUUAGUAGCCCAUAAGCAGGUAACACUGAGGGGUGCUGGAAUGACAAGCAGUGGUAGCCUGGAAUACACUAAAUGCUAUCCUGUGCUUGCUGACAAGUUUAGCUUUCUAGAAUCUUGGAAGGGAUGUCAUCCAGCCCAACCUCUUGUCAGAUUGAUUUACUUUUUCAGCAUCCCCUAAUAUAUAGCCAUUUAACCUUUUCUUAAAGACAUUGAAUGACAACAGCGCAGCGCAUACCAAAGGCUGUCUUUUUCACGAUUUUGGAUGAAUGGCAGAAGUUUCGCACAGUCAGAUCACCCGCCUCUACAGCCGGUUCACCAGCCUGGACAAAGGAGAGAACGGGACUCUCAGCCGGGAAGAUUUCCAGCGAAUUCCAGAACUUGCCAUCAACCCACUGGGGGACCGGAUCAUCAAUGCCUUCUUUCCAGAGGGAGAGGACCAGGUAAACUUCCGUGGGUUCAUGAGAACUUUGGCUCAUUUCCGACCCAUUGAGGAUAAUGAAAAGAGCAAAGAUGUGAAUGGACCAGAACCACUCAACAGCCGAAGCAACAAACUGCACUUUGCUUUUCGACUAUAUGAUUUGGAUAAAGAUGACAAGAUCUCCCGCGAUGAGCUGUUACAGGUGCUACGCAUGAUGGUUGGAGUGAAUAUCUCAGAUGAGCAGCUGGGCAGCAUUGCAGACAGGACCAUCCAGGAGGCUGAUCAGGAUGGGGACAGUGCCAUAUCUUUCACAGAAUUUGUUAAGGUUUUGGAAAAAGUAGACGUAGAACAGAAAAUGAGCAUCCGAUUUCUUCACUAAAGGACUGAGACCAAACUGUCCCUUCUUUCUAGUAUUUAAGAACUGGAACUUGAGAGUCCUUCUAUCCACCAGCCCCACCUCCACCCCAUCGCUCCCCUUCUCCCAAAGUACUACUGUCGCAUGAACCCCAGAUAUGAUCUGUCAACACAAACCUGCCUUUGGCGUAAACAAAGCAUUACAGAAUGGUACACCCA